CCACUGACCCAUUUUCUCUGCUCUUCCCCGAAACCUUAUCUCUCUCUCUCUCUUCCCCCAUCCUCCGGUCUCGUCUCUUCCCCGAAACCCUCUCUCUCUCUCUACCUCACCCACUGACCCAUUUUCUUUAUGGCUCAUCUCGAAGGUGGACUACACGGAACUAUGUGACCAUGCUUCUAGUAGUGGCUGGAGGACGUGCAGUCUGUCGUUAACUCGUCGGAGGAAGGCGAAGAAGAUAGUGGCUGCGGUGAGUCCACCUUGGUGGUCAGAGAUCGAUGACGGAGGAAAGAGUCUUCCAGAUCCACUUUCUCUCUCUCUCGUCUGUGCUUGUUUCUCUGCUCGAAGCCGCCUUGCUCUCCGCUCGCUCUUUAAUCCCUUCCACAGUGAGAGCGUUUCCUUCCAACGUCAAGUCAACUCACUCCAACACCCUCGUUUCCAAGAGGAGGCUUUCGGGUUGCUCCCAACCCGAUAUCGAGGAUUCGGGCGGGUUCAACAAUACCUAGAAGAAGAGUCGGUUGGCUGAGUCGUUUUUGCACCGCUUCAGGAGGAAGAAGGGCAUGUGCGACACCGAUUUUACUUCCGCGGUAUGGAAAUUCUUGGUGCCUGUUUCUGUUAGUUCCAGCAGGUCCAACUGGCCCACUUCACCUCAGUUUGAUGAUUUCGAUUGGGUUUCUGUGGACGGGAGUGAAGAUGUUGAGAAAGCUCAUGGUUUCUUGAUGACUUUGUUCUUGGACCUGUUCCUUCUGGAGAUGAAGUUCACAACGCUGUUUCUACUCUUCAACAGUAUAACCACUCUUUCUCUCUUUCUUUAUGUUCAUUUAUAUGGACCAAAAUGUUGUAUGCAUGAUACUAUGAUCACAAAAGUUGGCUAAUUGAUUAGUACUUUUGUAACAUAUAUAUGAUUUGCUACAUACCCUAUAUAAAUUAGUUAGUUGGUCAUAUGUGCUUUUUGUGACUUGGUUAUGAUCGUUGGUUUUUGAAUUAUGCUCAGUUUGGUUUAUAUUGACGUUGCAUUUCACGCUAUAACUGUCAUCAUUCAUGAGAUGGUGUUAAAUUGAUAUGCUUUUACAUUAAAAGGGUGUUCAGUCCGACUCAUCACCCCCAGUUUAUCUGUUAUAAAUUUGGUUCCGAGUACUUGGACAAGGAUGUAGCUGAUCAGAUUUUGAGUGCUUCUGGUUCGGUGCAGCGAGUAUCUUCAUUUGGGACAGAAUCAGAUUGGAUGGAGCCUUAUGUUUACCUUUGUAAUUCCCAGCCUCAGGGACGUCAAAGAGUUUAUGAGGCUUUCAGUUUAUUGCAGAAUGAGUCAUCUGUUCAGAGAAUAGUGGUUUCAUUGUCAUCUGAUAGAGCAGUUUGGGAUGCUGUGAUGAAUAAUGAGGUGGUGAGGGAGCUGAGGGAAUCCUUCUAUGCAGGGUGCCUUUGGAUGUGCAACACUACUUGAUAAAAGCCUACCAAUUGAAGAGGGUGAUGCUCGCUAUAUGCCUUCAGAGAUCCUGAAUGAGAAACAUGACGAUCUUGACAAGGCUGAUAUCUUCUCAUUGGGAGUUCCUAUGUAUGAGCUUAUUAGAGGUUCACCGUUACCGGAAGAAGGACCUCAAACCUUAAAUCUUAAGAAAGGAAAAUUGCCACUGCUUCCUGGUCACUCCUUGCAACUUCAGAACUUGCUCAAGGCCAUGUUGGAUCCAAAUCCAGUCUGCAGACCAUCAGCUAAAGAGUUGGUUGAAAAUCUAAUGUUCCACAGGGUGCUAAAAAAUGCAUGGGCCUAGGACAACCACGAUUGCGAAUUGAAGAGAUUGGGGUAUUGUAUUAUAGUAUAUGUCAUCCUUUUGUGUCUGCCAGCCCAGUAAAAUAGGCAGAAGUAUGUGAAUGGCCAAUUUUGUAUCUAUAAUUCUCCCUCAUGUAUUAAUAUGCACCUAAUUUUCCUCCUAAUGCGGUGCAUUUUUUAUGAAUCCUGAGGAUUCCUUGGUCAUGGACUCGAGUAUUUUACUGGUAAUGGAAAAGUCUAAAGCCUUUGUUGGGUGCCUUCUCUACA